CGUAAUUAGCAUUCUGCAAUGAGGCGGCGUCGCGAGUCCGAGGCAUCGAGGGCACUGCGCUGGAGACACGCGAUGCUGGGCGUACUCGUUCUCACCAGCGUGCUGUAUGCCGGAUUUAUAGUCAGUUGGACGCUUCAGAGUCCGGUGGCCACAAGGCAAAACGGCACAAGGGCAGAACUGGAGAGCAACAAUGAGAGCGAGGCAUACGACAACAAGUUGCGUCGAGGCAGGCCUUCAUCAACCCAGAGAAAGAAGCUAUUCAGCGACAAUGUGCCUCAAGAUGUCGUCAUGGACUUACCUUCCAACUCGUCAAAGCACGAUCUCGGAUGGCACACCGGGAUACUGUGA